CGCAGACCGGACCGCGAACACCGUGGAUACGUCCUUAAGAUCAACCAAAGAACAGCUGAAAGAACCCUUCCAAAAAUGGGGUUGGGGCAAGUAAGGGGUUUAUCAUGGGCCAAAAGGCUGUACCAGACGAUCUGGUAUCACUCUUCACGAACAAUUACAUCCAACUCUUCGAAUCAUUUAGCACACAUAUUGAUUCGGGAGCCAAUUUCUGGAAUCAAAACAGCACUUGAUUCAGAAAUGGUGAAAACAUCUGGCAUCGGAAACCUCCAGUUUUCAUGGGAUUCGCUCCUCACUUCGAUUCAUUCUUCUUCCCCUCACAAAGCUCAGCUCGUCCUGGAAUGGAGAUUAGAGAAGUUGCUCAAAGAAAACGAGAAAAACUGUGACACUUUCUCGGAUUUAAUACAUCUUUGUGGGAAGAUCCAAAAUGCACAAACAGCAAUGCAUGUUUUUACUUCAAUGGAGAAUCAUGGCUUAAAACCAACGUCUAUCAUUCUCGAGGCCCUAAUAUCUGCUCACUUAUCUUCAGGUAACGUGAUCACUGCACUUAGCAUAUUUCAAACAAUGCAGAAUUCAGAGGACCAUAAACCUACUUCUCAUACUUACAAUUUGUUCAUUUCGGCAUUUGCAAACCUGGGAAACAGUAAGUCAAUGUUAGCCUGGUACUCGGCCAAGAUGGCUUCUGGCUAUUCGGCUGAUUUAGAGACGUAUGAGGCCCUCAUUUUAGGUUCUAUAAAGUUAAAAAGAUUUAAAGAUGCUGAUAGAUUUUAUACAGAAAUGUUAGGAGCAGAAAUCACGCCUAACACAUCAAUAUUACAUGGCAUGCUUGUGGGGUUUUGUGAACAAAAAGAUUUGGAUAAAAUCAGAGGAUUUUUGAAGGGUAUAUUGGAUUAUAGAUGGGAGAUCAAUGGGUAUAUGGCUGACAAACUUGUGGGGUUUUAUUGUGAAUUAGAAUUGGUGGAACAGUUGGAGUGGAUGCUAGUAGUGUUAACAGAGACCAAUCCCAAUCAGGAUUUGGACAUUAUUUCUCAAAUUCACAAUGGUUUGAUUAGGGUAUAUGCUAAAUUGGACAGAUUGGAUGAUGUGGAAUACUCUGUUGGGAGGAUGUUGAAACAAGGGGUGUCUUUUAGUUCCCAUAAAGAUGUCGAAAAGGUCCUGUGCUCGUAUUUUCGUAAGGGUGCAUAUGAUAGGCUAGACGUAUUUUUGGAGUUUAUUAAGAAUUCGUAUAAACUCCCUAGAUCGACUUAUGAGUUAUUGGUUGCUGGUUACCGUAGAGCCAGGUUAUACGAAAAGGUCGAUUUGGUGAUCAAAGAUUUGAAAAUGGUUGAAACAACUUGUUAGAUCCUAGACCUCAUAUGAAAGAGCGAAUAGUCCUCAUCCUUUUUGCCUCAUGGCUUGAGAAAGGUGAUUGGUUUGUGAUUUGGUGCAGGCGAAAUUAUCAAUUUGUUGAUCAGUUUGGUUUGUUUCUAAGAUAGAUCGGUUUAGGGGCUGUUUGUCUACAACUUAAUGGUAGAAAGGAACGGAAACUUCGCAUGCGAUCACGAUUGAAGAGGGACCUGUUGUUGGAGGCAUGGAAGGUGUUCGAUGAAAUAUGUGAAUGAAAACUGCCCAUUUUGACAAUUUGUUUGGGGUCACUGAAAGGUGGUGUAUUCAAUUAGUAUUUGACUUGUGAUUGUGAAAAGUUCUACAUGAUUUGUGGAUUAUUUAUGCUUUUUUGGUUAUCUCAUCAAAAAAGUCCCUCAGCA